UCGUGUUUUUCGUAGUUUGAAUGGAUUCCCAUUGCAACCUACUCCUAGAUUUUUAGUAACGAACUUGGCAGCAGACGAGCGUAAGCGCGCUAUAUUUGCCCAAAGCGUAUCAUUCACCAAUGAUUGUUGAACGCAUUUGGUGCCACAAAUAUUUCGCACCGUGAAAGUGCCUGAGUAAGGUGCCAUGGGCUGCUGCUGCAGCACAGAGGAUGGCGCCGGCUCGGAAACUGGCGAGCCAAACGCGCGCACGCCGCUACUGGGCGAGCCGCCGGGCGCUAGCAGCGGCUCGCAGAGCGGUGAGCUGCCAGCCGAGGCGGCGGCUGGCGCGCGGCCCGGCGAGGCGCGCUCGCGCGGCGACGGCGAGACGCUGCUCGACAACAUCCUGCAGGAUAUGGCCGCCUCCGUCAUCGACGUGGCCGCCGUCGACACUCAGAACCUGGAGCAGCAGGACUACGUGGAGCGGCUGGUGCACUACAAUGGUGCUGUGGCGCGUCUGGCUGGACCGCCGCCACCGCCACCGGCCAUCGAGGACGUGCCGCAACCGGAGCGCGUGCUGGCGGCGCCGCCGGUGCGGCCGGCCGACCUGCGGCUGGCGCGCGCACUCGCCGACCGGCUGCAGGAGGCGGCACGCGCCGUCCAGGUGGCGCCACGUGAGUCACUCGUCAUCCCGUUCGGCCAGACGGCCAGCGCCGAACCGGCAUGAGGAAGGCUGUGAUGGGGCGCGGCGCGUGCGGCUCGCGGCACGUUGGCACGCGCCGGCACGGUUUUGACUGCGGACGGGACAGCUGGGUUGCAGGGCCGUCAGCCGGAGCCAUGCUCGGGUCUGGCGCGGCGAGGGAGGGCUGUGCUUCGGGAAACGUGUGGGUCUCGCUGCCACGAGGCACGAGUGGGUACCACAGAGUCCCCUCACUUGCCCCAUGUAAUCCUGGGCAUUCUGGGCCUUUCAAGAAGGCGGAAGCUGUAGCUGGUAUUGCCAAAGCGGGGCCGGUUGCUGUAUGUACCACCGGACGCGACAUGUAUGGGAUGCCAGGGCUCGAUUCGCAGGUCAUGUAGGCCUGCAUCGCUCGACUUUUAUGGAUAUUGUUGUACACUCUGAUAUCAUAUCGUGAAAUAAACUUGCGCGUGUUUU